UGGUAAAGUGUAGCACACAUUGUCCAUCCGAUACAGAUUAUUGUUUUACUAUCACACCUCCUGAUAAGGAUUUGCAAGAAGACCAACAAUAUGUAAACUUUAAAUUAGUAGCUCCAAAGGAUGUUGG